AAAUCUAAAGACAGUGAUAUAGUUUCUAAAAGGUUAAAUAAUUUACUGAAUGAGUUUAAGAAUAUUUCAAAAUUAUUAGGUGUUCCAGAAAUAAUAAUAGCAGUAAAAGCAAUAAAUAGUUUGA